UUUCGAAAAUGAUUGUUUUUUUUUGGUAACAUAUAAAAGCCAACUGUUCAGGGCUCUUGCCGGCUAUCAGUUCUCAGUUUCUACCUAAUGUGGAUGUCUUUUCUGCUUCCAUACUAUCGUGUUUUUCGUGACGCCAAAAUACACACAAUUGUUUUAAAUUUUCUCAUCAUCUGCGUAAAGUGUUUCGGCGAACAAUUUCUUUUAUUUUAUUUAUUAAGAAAAAAAAUAAAUAUAAUUUUAAAAAAAGUGCUUUAAUCAGCAGGUGAAUUUGGAGUACACUAGCAUUUAUCAUUUUUCGUGUGAAGCAAAUAAGGAUUUGCGAAAAAAAGUGUUUUUUUUUUUACUGCAAAAUUCUGACUCCUUGUGAACAUUACAAUUAACUAAUGUGUAAUUAAAAGACAAUUAACAAUUGAUUUAUUAAAUUUUAAUUGAAUUAUAGACUGCUAAUCAAUCAAACGAAUCAAUUACUAAUUGGAAGAAAAACGAGUUCUUCGCUUCGUGGUGUGUUUUUUUAUAUAUAAACUUUGAUUCAAAGUUUAUAACGGCAUUUGUGCACACAGAAAUUAUAUAUAUAGAAAAACAUUCAAAAUGAGGAUCUUGGUCACUAUACUAUUAGUGGCUAAUUUAUCAGUACACAUUUUAGCCGGAAUACCGGACUGUAUUCACGCAAAUAAUGGCGGUUAUGUGUAUCCAAAACCGAAUAUUCAACUAGCAGAGGGUAUUAGUACAUAUUCGGUUUCACCGUCUAUCGCCACAUACACACAAGGAAAUGCGAUUAAAUAUUCGUCGCUAGAAGAAUCAGCUUACUCAUCCGUUACACCUGGACCGUUUAUCAAACAAACGGUUUAUUCGUCGCCAAUUGUUCCGAAAGUUCCCAUUUUACCAGCAGCUCCAGUUAUCACAAAAUCUUAUUUGCCACCAACACCAAUUAUUACCAAAUCUUAUUUACCUCCUGCCCCAAUUGCUACGGUUGCUUCACCAUACGCAUCGAUUGCACCAUUUGCUGCAGUCACGCCAGUCACACCGAUUGCAUCCGUCGCACCUGUAAUCACAAAAUCAUACUUGCCGCCAGCGCCUGUAAGCCAGGUCACCUACACAGCACCACUAUCGAAAGUCGCGACAUACACACCAACCAGCAACAUUGUUUCAAUUCCAGCUGUGAAAAAUAUCGCAUAUCAUUACCCGAAGAUUUCACCGGGCUAUACGGCAACCAGUGUUGCUUACACACCAGCUGUUAAAAGUAUUGGAUAUUCGUAUCCAAAAAUUACACCUGGAUAUUUGCCACCCAGUAAAGUCAGCGCUCCAGCUUACACAUUGAGUUCUCCAACCUAUUCGGCUGGGCUUGUGACAAAAUACGCAACCACACCGGCGAUCGCCACAACAGCUGGAUAUAAUAAUCAGUACAGUAAUUCAUACGGCUCAUAUGGUUAUGACGCAUCAUACACAAAAGGUGCCUAUUACUCGGCACCAGUUACGAAAUACGUUUCGCCUGCAGUUGCUACAACAUUCGUUGCUGGUAGCCCAACCGUUUCACCGAUAUCAUAUGGUCCGUCACUUACAGCAUCACCAGCCGUGCCAUAUAAAGCCUCGUAUGGAUUAUCAUCUUCGUAUUAUAGUUCACCAAAAGUUGUUUCAGCCCCAGCCAUAGCGACAUAUUCAUCGCCAGCUAUUACAUCAUCUGCAUACUCAUCAGCUCCAGCCGUUUCAUCGUACUAUUCGGCAAACAAAUUGGCAUAUGGUACAGUGGCGCCUCUAAAGCAAGUUGCUUUUUCGUCCCCAGCUGCCGUAACUCAAUAUGCUGCCGCACCAUAUUCAAAUGCUUAUGGUGGUGCUUAUGGUGCUCAUGGAGGUGCUUAUGGUGGUUCCUAUGCUUCUUAUGGUUCAUACGGAUCGGCUUAUGAUUCAAACUAUGGAGUCUCGAAGGUUGCCUAUUCUGCACCAGUCAAAUAUGUGCAAUCGUACUCAAGUCCGGCCAUUACAUCAUCAUAUAGAAGUCCAGCGAUUACAAAACAGGUGUCAUACGCAACAAAUCCAUUGCUUAGUGGUGCAUAUGUAUCUGGAUACACGAGCGGCGCACAUGUUGCUCCUGCUGUAGCAACAACGGCCACUUAUGGUGGUGCUUAUGGUGGUGCAGGCUUAGUUAAAUCAGCUGGUUAUCAAGUAUCAAAUCUUGGAUACGCUCCAGUUCAAUCAAUUGUUUCGCCGGGAUUGUCAUCAGGUGCAUACGUUUCUGGCGGAAAUUUGGUAUCGGGAGCAAAAGUGAUUUCAAAUGCUGGAAUUGUUGGCGGCUCUGUAUAUCCAUCAAGUAGUAGUGUAUAUGUUCCCGGCGGUGGACUAUUAUCAGCGGGUGGAAAAUUAGCAGCAGGUGGCCUGGUCAGUUCGGGGGGAAUUGUGUCAACGGCAUAUCCAAGCGCGGCGUACGUAGGCGCUGGAAAUAAAAUUAUCACUGGAAGCGGUUUGUAUAGUGCAAAUGGUUUGUUAGCUUCUAAUGGAUACGCAAGUAAUGGACUAUAUGCCGGCAGUGGACUAUAUGCCGGUAAUGGACUUCUAGGACAUGGAGCUGGUAUAAGAUAUGCCCAAAGUGUGGUACCAUCAGUUUCAAAACUAACAGCAACACCGAUUGGUCUUGUUAAAUCCAUUCCAACUGCUGCUGUUAAAUCGGUAUACUCCCAACAAAAUGAAUUUUAUGAUCUUCAUCCUCGUUAUGCAUUCGAGUAUGGUGUAAAUGAUCCACAUACUGGUGAUAUAAAACAUCAGAAAGAAGUUCGUGAUGGUGACGUUGUCAAGGGCCAGUAUUCAUUGGUGGAACCAGAUGGAAACGUUCGCACUGUAGACUAUUACGCUGAUUGGGAAACUGGUUUUCAUGCAACUGUGACCAAUUCUAGAGAUGGAAUUCCGAAAGUGAUAGCAAAACGCAAUACCAACAAAUCAUAAAUUCCGAAAAAAAAGAAUUCGAAUAUUUUUCUUCUGUUUCUCGUUUAAUCACAAAAACAUACACAAAUUCAAAAUUAAACCAUGUCCAUUAAUAUACAGAUAUACGAAAACAAACAAUGGAAAGAGUAUACACAUGCCAAUUGUAAUUGUAGCAGUCAUAACUUCCUUUAUUUUAUAUAUAUUUUGAAUUAAAUAAGAUCCAACGCUGAAUCGAAGUAAAAAAAAUAAUAAAAAAAAAAUUGAAUAAAAUUCUAAAAAAAUAAACAUAAUUGAACUUUAAAUUUGUUGUAUUUGAGUAAAAGUUAUUAAUCACAUGCUUCGUUCAAAGCGAAAAUCCAAACAUUGAUAUUAUUUGUUUAAAAAAAACACUCACCAUCCAUUUCUCUAGAAAGUAAACGCAUCUUUUUUGCAUUUUUUUUUUCUUCUUUUUGUGUA